AUUCCAAAUCCAGUGUGUCUUCUGCACACCUCAGUAUCAAAGAGAGUAUCUCCAAACCCCACACACGCCUAUACGUACACCUAUACAUUCAAACAAACACUAAAAAGUAGUAACAAAAAAGGCAACGAUGGGAUGAAGAAACCACAGUAACCCAGCUGAAAAACCCACAUAUUUCAAAGAAUUAAACCAAUCCGAAAUAGUGAAAUCACUCUGCUUUUUCCCCUUCCAUUUUUCUUUACCAACAACCCCUUUUUCAGUUUUCAUGUCAUCGGCCCAGAUCCAUCUUUCCAACUGUAAUCAUAUGAUAUAUACGCAUAUGUGUGUGUUUGUAUGCAUGGGGGAUCUCGAUUGAUUCGUGAAAGUUCUGAUUUUUAGUGGAGUAAAAGGAAGAAUAUUCAAGGCCAGCUGAUGAUAUGGGAUAUUUUGGUUGAGGCUGAGAGCUCCGAUCUUUGCAUGAAAGAAUAUUUUUCUUUGAAAUUCUUGAAAAUUGUGAUUAUGGAGGACAUUUUGUGGGAUUGGAGGCGUGCGCGGUGGAUGGAGGAGAUGAUGUGAAAAGAGAGCACUAUUUUUUGGAAUAAUUUUAUUUGUGGUGGUGUGAUUUUUUUUUUUUUUGGUUUUGGCGAAAAAGAAUAUCGCCGUUUCUUCCCAGCAAUCUGUUGUCGUGAUUUCUUGCUUUCCGCGAACAAGAAAUUUCUGGAAAAAUCGACAUAUGUUUUUGUGUUUGAGGAGCUCAGAAUUUCUCUGUCCUCUCAAAAGGGAUAAGGUCUUGAUCCCCCAACUAUUUGAGCAAUUGCGCGACUUAAAAAAAUCGAAUUGAAGUUCCAGAGCUGGUGGCUUUUUUGGGAUCUUUAAGACUGUGAUUGUGGAGAGAGAGAUGGCAAUGUCUUGCAAGGAGAGUAAGGCGGCGGCGGCGGCAGCUGCGGCGGCUUUGGACAACGGCAAGUAUGUGCGUUACACGCCGGAGCAGGUUGAAGCCCUCGAGAGGUUGUAUCACGACUGUCCAAAGCCGAGCUCUAUACGGCGUCAGCAGCUGAUUCGUGAAUGCCCCAUCUUAUCCAACAUCGAGCCUAAGCAAAUCAAAGUUUGGUUUCAAAAUAGAAGAUGCAGAGAGAAGCAAAGGAAAGAGGCUUCGAGGUUACAAGGUGUGAACAGGAAGCUGACAGCCAUGAAUAAGCUCUUGAUGGAGGAGAACGAUAGGCUGCAGAAACAGGUCUCUCAACUAGUGUAUGAAAACAGCUACUUUCGCCAGCAUACGCAAAACAAUGCACUUUCCACAAAAGACACAAGCUGUGAAUCAGUGGUGACGAGUGGUCAACAACACCACUUGACGCCGCAGCAUCCGCCAAGAGAUGCUAGUCCUGCAGGACUUUUGUCCAUUGCAGAAGAAACUUUAGCAGAGUUUCUUUCAAAGGCCACUGGAACUGCUGUUGAGUGGGUCCAAAUGCCUGGAAUGAAGCCUGGUCCGGAUUCCAUUGGAAUCGUUGCUAUUUCUCAUGGUUGCACUGGCGUGGCAGCUAGAGCUUGUGGUCUGGUCGGUCUCGAGCCCACCAGGGUUGCAGAAAUCCUAAAGGAUCGGCCUUCGUGGUUACGCGAUUGCCGAGCUGUGGAUGUUCUCAAUGUGCUGCCUACUGCCAAUGGUGGAACCAUUGAACUUUUGUACAUGCAGUUAUAUGCGCCCACAACUUUGGCGCCAGGUCGUGACUUUUGGUUGUUGCGCUAUACUUCAGUCAUGGAUGAUGGUAGCCUAGUGGUUUGUGAAAGAUCACUUAGCAAUACUCAGAAUGGUCCCAGCAUGCCGCCUGUUCAGAACUUUGUGAGGGCGGAGAUGUUGCCUAGCGGUUACUUGAUCAGACCUUGCGAGGGAGGAGGAUCGAUCAUUCACAUCGUUGAUCACAUGAACUUGGAGGCAUGGAGUGUACCCGAGGUGCUGCGCCCUCUCUAUGAAUCGUCGACGGUGCUCUCGCAAAAGGCUACCAUGGCGGCUCUUCGUCAACUGAGGCAGAUGGCUCAGGAUAUUUCACAAACUAAUAUAAGCAACUGGGGCAGAAGGCCAGCAGCUCUGCGAGCACUUGGCCAUCGGUUGAGCAGGGGAUUCAACGAGGCUCUGAAUGGAUUCAGUGAUGAUGGGUGGACGUUGCUAGGUAAUGAUGGCAUGGACGAUGUUACCAUUCUUGUGAACUCCAAUCCAGAUAAAUUGAUGGGGUUGAAUAUCUCUUUCACAAGUGAAUACAACUCCAUUUGCAAUACCAUCUUGUGUGCCAAGGCUUCAAUGCUUUUACAGAAUGUGCCUCCCGCGAUACUACUCAGGUUCUUGCGGGAGCACCGGUCAGAGUGGGCGGACAACAUUGAUACUUACGCAGCAUCUGCUGCCAAAAUUGGUCCGUGUACUUUCUUAGGUACUCGAGUUGGCAAUUUCGGGGGUCAGGUUGUCCUUCCACUGGCCCAGACUAUCGAGCAUGAAGAGCUUCUGGAGGUAAUUAAGUUGGAAGGUGUCAGCCACUCGCCUGAAGAUGCAAUGAUGGUUAGAGACGUUUUCCUUUUGCAGCUCUGUAGUGGCAUGGAUGAAAAUGCAGUCGGCACAUGUGCUGAACUUAUAUUUGCUCCUAUUGAUGCCUCCUUUGCUGAAGAUGCACCUCUCCUGCCAUCUGGUUUCCGCAUCAUCCCUCUUGGUUCCAGCAAGGAAGCAUCAAGUCCAAAUCGCACUCUAGACCUUGCAUCUGCUCUAGAAACUGGGACGGGAGGCAAUAAACCGUCGAGCGACCUUGCUGUCACCAGCAGCACUACAAGAUCUGUCAUGACGAUUGCUUUUCAGUUUGCAUUCGAAAGCCACAUGCAAGAGACUGUUGCAUCAAUGGCCCGACAAUAUGUGCGCAGCAUAAUAUCAUCUGUUCAGAGGGUUGCCUUAGCUCUCUCUUCGACUCACCUCGGACCUAAUGCUGGUCUUCGGUCACCCCUUGGGACUCCUGAAGCGCAUACCCUUGCUCGUUGGAUCUGCCAAAGUUACAGGAACUAUAUGGGAGUCGAGCUUCUUAGGUCUAGCGGUGAAGGGAGUGAAUCCAUCCUCAAAGCUCUAUGGCAUCACUCAGACGCCAUUAUGUGCUGUUCCAUGAAGGCAGUCCCUGUUUUCACCUUUGCGAACCAGGCUGGUCUCGACAUGCUCGAGACGACCUUGGUCGCACUUCAAGACAUCUCUCUGGAGAAGAUAUUUGAUGAUCAUGGUCGGAAGAACCUCUGCUCGGAGAUUCCACAGAUUAUGCAUCAGGGUUUUGCGUCUCUUCAAGGUGGCAUUUGCUUGUCAAGUAUGAGCCGGCCCAUCUCGUACGAGAGAGCCGUCGCGUGGAAGGUUCUAAACGAAGACGACGACCCACAUUGCUUCUGCUUCAUGUUCGUCAACUGGUCGUUUGUUUAAUGGUAUCGUUGAUUAGCUAUUAGAAACAGAAAAUUGGUUAAAUGGAGCUGCAUACAUUUUCAUUUUGUUCACUGCUUAUGGCACAGUGUUAUCUGGUUUGACCUUGCUUUUGCGUUCAAGUCCAUGUUGCUUGAUUGUGCA